AUGCGCCUCAACGUGUCGUCCAUGCUCGAGUGCCUCCAGAACCAGACUGCCUCGGACAACCUCUACAUCCAGCAAAGCCUGGACGAUUACGGCGAUGCCGUCCUGGAAGAGGACGAGUUCCACGAAACCACCAACCCCAUCAUGGACAAGACCCUUCUUGACGCUGGCGCCGAAGGAUUCCGUGUGUUAACAAACUUUACACCGGAGGAAUUCGAGGUCAUCUGGGGGAAUGCUGAAUCUGCUAUGACAUCACGUUGGAAUGACGGUCGUGGUCGGAAGUCCGCAACAAGUGCCAAAGACGCGUUCUUUGUUACUUUAACGGUAAUGAAACACUACCAAACCUGGGAAAAGCACGCUGUGGACUUCGGCCUGAAGGCACCAACCUUGGAGAAACUCGUCGUGAAGGUGGUCGGCGUGUGCUCGAAGCUCCUGUACGCCUGUUUCGUGUCUCUGCACCGCAUGACGACGCUGCGCUCCAAGGACAAGGUGUUCACUCACUACCCCUAUGCACUGUAUGCGACGGACGUCAAGUUCCAGCCGGCCCAUCGUCCCUCCGGCCGCUUCGGUGAACAAAAGCACUAUUUCAGUGGAAAACAUAAGCUGUACGGCUUUAAGAUAGAAGCUUCCGUCUCACCUGAGGGGUUGCUUGUCGACAUGAGUCCUCACGAGCCAGGGUCGGUGUCUGACCUCACCAUGUUCCGAAGCCGCCUGGACCAACACACUCAAGCGCUCGCGAAGGACGACUACGACGACACCAUCAACGACAACGGGAAACUGUUCCGAGAGCAUCCUACCUCGUGGGCAGUCCUUGUGGACAAGGGAUAUAUCGGCGUUGCGGCGUCGGCGCACCGAUUUGACAUGGACAGGAACAAGGAAGUUUCUUCUGACCGUGUCGUUGUCGAAAACUUCUUUGGCCGGGUGUGCUCGCUUUGGAAGGUGUCCUACGCAACAUUUGUAUGGGGUGAGAAACUCUAUGAUGACAUUCAGCGAUUCACGUUUGCCCUUACCAACUUCCACGCGACUUUGAUGCCCUUGCGCCUCGAGGACAAUGACCACUAUCGUGCCGUCAUGGCACGCUACAAGAGUAUGGCAGCUGAGAACACCUCAAAGAGAGCUGCGAACCAACGCAGGUACCUACAGCGCCGUGCAGAGCGGUUUGCGACGGAAGCUGCCCGCGCCAGCCGUACUUCGCGGGGUACAUUCUUGUCUCCCAUGGUGAGUGGCCGCCGCUGA